AUGUGUACUUUCGGUGAGAGAGAAGCGGCUCUGGUCAAAAGCUCAUGGGAUUCAUUAAUGCAAAACAUUCCCCAUCACAGUAUUCGUUUCUUCACCUCGAUAGUGGAGAUUGCACCUGUGGCGAAAGACAUGUUCUCCUUUAUGAGAGAUUCGGAUGAAAUUCCCCAGAAUAAUCCCCUUCUUCAAGCUCAUGCUAUGAGGGUUUUCAAGAUGACUUAUGAAUCAGCGAUACAACUUAAAGAGAAAGGAGAAGUGGUAGUAGAAGAUACUACCUUGAAGCAUCUGGGUUUUGUCCAUGUCAAGAAAGGAGUUCUUGAACCCCACUUCGAGGUACUUAAAGGUGCAUUGCUGAAUACAAUCAAGGAAGCGGUGGGCGAAAAAUGGAGUGAGGAUAUGAAAAACGCUUGGAGCACAGCAUACGAUGAGUUGGCCACUACGAUAAAAAGGGAGAUGACUUUUAAUGUUGAGGGAGUUGAAUUUCUCUUGCAACCUGAAAUUUAA